CACUGGCAGGCAUUCUGAUUUUUAGUCCAACAACAGACGUCGAGUCGAGAGCACACACACUCCGAGAGCAGUGCGCGCAUGUCAGCCGAGUUUCGUAUUCGAGUCGAGUCGAGGCACCACAUGGCGUAUACGUGUUUCGGGGCAUUCCAACGGGUGCACUGAGUCCAUUAUGGUCACUGGUCGAAUAGAAAUCCGCGUCCGAGCUCUGUAACCAGACCAGAUGUGUCACUCCUACAACUGCCCGAGUCUUUGCCCGAUCAGAAUGUGAACAACCAUCUCCGCAUCUAGGACAAAUUCAAUAUGGUCAUUGGCUCACGUGAUGUGAUUUGAAUAGAGGUCCCGGCUAAGUGCAACAAGCUGCAAUUGGCAAUUUGCGUGUUGUGCGGCUUGCUUUGAUGGAUUUGCUCCAAUUGGACGUUAGUCGGCAUUAAAAAUAAGGCCACUUUUCGGUUGAAUGCAGCAGAGGCGGCAGCAGAAUCAGCCCCCGCAUCAACCAACAGCACUUGCAACAUCUGCAGCAGCAGCAGAAACAACGGAGGCAGCAACCGCAACAAGAACAACAUGUUGACAACACACCAUUUGCAUCAUCUGCACCAUCAUCGAGGCAGCACCGCCGUGGAAUUGGACAAGAUCACGAAUCUAAAUACGCUCAUCGUGGAGAUCAACAGCCAUGUGGCACUGUUUCGCGAUAUGCUGAUACACGUGGGGCAGGCCAAGGAUUGCCCCGAGCUGCGCGAGAAGAUACGCAAGCUGCGUCGCACCUGCGUGGAGGCAUUCAAGCACACCGCCCAGAUACUCCUGCCGCAGGUCAAGAGCGCCAUGGCCGAUGGCAUACUCACCGACAACCCGCACUUGGUGCUAGUGUUCUACAUGGCCCAGUUAUUCCUACGUGAACUUGUGAAAAGUUAUCGUCUCAUACAGGUCGUGCCAAUGGAUAUGUCGGGCUAUUAUGAGAACCGCGCGGGGCCCUCGAACCUGGGGAAUGUCAUAAGCCAAAUAUUGUUGUGCAAACAAUUUACGCCCGACUUCAAUGAGGAGGAAUUGUGCAGCAUCACAAAAGACUCACAGGACAUUGCCGUUCUACUCUCCGAACUGCAGGAGUACAUGCCACAACAUGAGGCAUAUUUGGAAAGGAACGCAGCCCUGGACACCACUGGACCCUGGCAGGCCAAGAGGCGCCAAAACUAUAUCUGCAAGAAUAUGAGCCUACUGUGCUGCGUCUCAAGGCCCAACUAUCUCUGAGAGCAGGCCGACAGUGUUUAAGCUCCAGAAAUGGUUCCCAAAACACAGCCGCACUCAUACUCUACUUAUAUCAAUUACUAAGCUAAGACUAAGAUAUAUACCAUAUAAUACUUACCAAUAGAACAGAAGAAGGAGAAGAAACAGAGUCAGAAGAAGUUUCAGAAGUGAGCCAGAAAUAAAAGAAGGAUCAGAGGAAGGAGUUACCCAAUUAGCAUUGUACUAUAAUCAAAGGAAGUGCAAAGGACGCAAUGUUUAUCUUCGUGUGUAUAAUCAAAGUUAAUUAUGCUGCAUAUACAAUAUUAAUGUAAAACGAAUUACAAAAAACGAUAUAGAUAUAUUCAUAUAUAGAGAAUUUCAGCUAUUAGAGUUCAGCAAACAUUUAUGGAGAAUACAAUUAGCAUAUAAAGCCAGUUAAGACUUUUUAGGCCUGUAAAUGACAGUCACUGUAAACUUACACAUUAUUUAUCAUAUACUAAAGUUAUCUAAAUACAUAAAUCCUUGAGUUAACAUUACGAUUAGGCUGAGGCUGAGGUCGGGCAGGACUUGGUGCUGGGAGCAAGGCAGUUAGGUUGUAGUUCCAUACGAAUAUGAAUGUAGCCUUCGUAAUUAAGUUGAAAGCCUCGGCAGGCACGUGCUAAAAAAAAAGCAAUAAAACACAUUCUUGUUAAAUCAAACACUGAAACAUACUACUUAGCAAAUAGAAUUUUAUUCGGAAUGUCUCUAGGUUUCUGUUUGAUCAUUUCAGGGUUUUCAAAGCACAGUACCUAAAAAAACAAACAAAAAACAAAAAAACAACAACAACAAACGAGCAACAUGUGACCAAUGAAAAUAUAACUAAACAAAGGAUGAACAAUCCAUUUUAUUCAAUCAAAUAUUCAUACCAUUAAAUAUAAUAAAACACAAAUCCCGUGGACAGACAUAAAUAAGCAAACAAUAAAUUUCAAUCAACAAAGUUUUUGUAAAUUGAAAUGAAACAAAAUUAGGUUCCCGCAAAAGUUCAAAAUAAUCGCAACACGUUUUCUCAAGUAGUCACAAAAUGAAAUAAUAUUAUGGGUCAAUUAGUAGUGUUUUGUGGAGGACUUACAGCAAAGUUCCUCCGUUUUCCGUUUUCCAUUUUUCAGGUAUUCGCCAUAUAUGUAUUUAAGCUGACUUUCCCGCUUCCCCCAUGCAAAUGUAACGCAUUUAUUUUCAUUAAACUGACUCGACGAAAUGCUGCCUGAAAUAAUAAAAUGCAGCAGUCGGUUGCAAAUGAAUUUAUUGCAAGGUCGAAAUGAAUAAUUAUGUGUUUAUUGUGUGUUCGGUUGCAUUGAGAAGGCAUUAAAAUAGUACCAAUUAUAUUUUGUUUUGCAAAUUAAAAUAUGCUUUUAAAGACCGGAUAAACUCGGUUUGAUUUUAAAAAUUCACGUGCAUUUUUGUUCCGUAUGUUCUGCAUACUUAAUGCCAAUUAAUUGAACGAUAUAAACUGAACUGCUGGGAGCUGGGCAGAUUUCAGCAUUAUAAAUCAAUUUUCAGGCCAAAGAAAAACAAAAAUCUCUAUCGCAAACCGCGCUGCAGCAGACAAUGGAAUUGUAAAAGUCUGUAAGAAUCCCUGAAACACAAUGAGACAAGUGCAUGGCAAAUUUUUGUAAAAUGUUUGAGCUCAACAAUGGAUACAAACAUAUAUAUACCUACUUCAACUACUACGAGAAAAAACAGAGUACAGAGAAAUUCCAUACGUAUAAAAAAUAUAAUAAUAUAUAUUUAUUUAUUGAUUCGAUUCGAUUGUAGGCAUAAAUCAAACACCAAACAAAUUUACACGUCUUUAUAGAGGAUAGAGUUCGAUAGAAUGUUUAUGAUAUUGAUAAUUAUUUAUCUGUAUAUGAAUGUAUAUUGCUUAGAUCGUUGAAUUAAGUAUUCCAUCAAACCAAAUAAAGCAACAACUCGUGAUUGUUAUAUGAUAUUCAUA